AUGUCCUUCGUGCGCAAACUUGCGCCGAUUGUCACCUCAUCAAUCACGAGAAGAGGGUGAGUGUUCUUCGGUUUUUGAAAAUAAUGUGCCAUUAUUGUGUUUGUUAACGUAUAUGGAACUGAUGAAACUGAUAUUGUUCUCUUCUGACAGUUUGACAGAGUCGCAGAAUAGAUAUUCAAUGUCCUUUUAAAAUAUUAUCUGUGCGACAACAUAAGAGCCGUUACUGUAUCCUUAGUGAAACGGGAAAAAGUGUCAGUUUCGCUUUCAAAACACUUUUUCCAUCUUUAACAGUUUUUGAUUCAACACGGCGUCGUUAUUAUUAACGUAUGGUGCUCACUAAACUACAAGAAACGCAUUGGAAAUUAAUGAAACAUGAAACUGAAAUAUGCUCAAAAUAUAGCAUUUCUCAUUUGAUUUGAUAUCACUGUUUCAUGAGGUCCAUAGAUUAUUUUCACAAGUUCCGCUUGAUCUAGUUACAACCGUGUCAUUUCGGAUACACUCUAGCCAACCGAUUGCCUACGAAACCUUCCGAUUACCCGAAUAAGACUACAAACGAGAUAGUCUACUGACCUUGAGAGACACCAGAGAAGCAGAAAAGUGACUACACACACCCACUGAUAAAAGCCAUGUAAUUUCGCGUCCAAAUUGUUAUUAUUCCAUCAGAAUAAUGUGCUCGGUGCCGCGAAAGUCCGAUUUCAAAAAGGUGGAGAACUACGAGCAAAUCGCCAAGCGAUUCUUCGAUUUCACCGAAACCAACAAGGACUCUUUCAGGUAACAAACACCUUUAAAAAAUUUGGUUUCAAGUUGUUCUGUUCAGUCCGGCAACUCUGACAAACGGCCGUCAAGCGCAUCACGCGGCCGCCUACGGAGGACUCAUUUUCGCGCAGGCUCUCGCCGCCGCCGAGAAGACUGUGGAGGAGAAGUUCAAGCCGCACUCAACGCACUCGUAUUUCAUACUCAACGGUCAGUUUCUGUUCUGUUUCACAUGGUUUCUGAAUUAUUGAAACUGAAAGAUCAACUUUUGAUGAGCAGAAAUCAUAAACCGCAUUUUCAGUGGACACAAAAGAGCCGAUCUCGUACAACGUGCGCCGUGCCCGGGACGGUCGUUCGUUCAUCACUCGAACUGUGGAAGCCGUCCAAAAAGGCGCCGUCUGCUUCGUGCUCCAGUGCUCUUUCCACGUGCAAGAGCGGGAUUCGAUCGUUCAUCAGUCGGAAAUGCCGAAAGUGCCGGCGCCGGAAGUGCUGAUGAGCAUGCGCGACGCCGUGCCGUACAUGAAGGAGCUCGUCGAGAAGGGCGAAGUGACUCCGCCGCCGGCGAUGCUCAGAAGACUGCAGAACUACGAUACGCAAGUGUAUUCUGACGAUCAGGACCUUUUUGAGGUACGCGGGAGUUAGCAAACUUUUGCAUGGACGACAAUGUUUCAGAUGAGAUGUACGAAUCUGGGGAACUAUUACGGGUUUGCGAGCGAUCAGAAGCCGGAAAUGUGUUUUUGGAUGAGAGCGAGGGGCGAUUUGAGCGACGAUGAGAGGCUUCACAGGUGAGAUUCUGUGGAUUACUGUAGCAGCUGGUCAUGAUGAGAAUUGUUCAAAUUCCAUCCGAAGUUGGAUAAGUUGGCUGAACUACAUGCUUCGAAAGCAAACAUAGAAAGCACGUAUGUCUGGUCCCAAAGGACCAACUUUUCUGUUCUUGAGAUCAUUGCCUAGCCUAACCUCCUCAAAUUUCAGAUGGCUCGUCGCCUACAACAGUGAUUCUCUGCUCGUCUCGACUGCCGUUUCGGCGCACUACGCCUCCGGAUUCAUGCCCUCGAUGCUGUUCUCGCUCGACCACUGCGUCUGGUUCCAUCGGCCCGAAGUGCGCGCCGACGAGUGGCUUCUGUUCGAGUGCAAGUCGCGCAUCGCUUCGGGAGCACGCGCGACGAUCGAGGGAAGAAUCUGGCGGAGGGACGGAGUGCUCAUUGCCAGUUGUCAGCAGGAAGCCAUCGUCAGGACAAAGUCCGACGAGCCGAGCAGACUUUGA